GCUGGCUGAGGAAUUCUGGGAAUUGAAGUCCACAAGUCAUGAGGGGGGCCAAGUUGGAAGGCCCUUUCCCCCCCCACCAGGUGUAAACGAAAUAGGAUUCUCGCCCACUUCGUGCCGGUCGUCAAAUGAAACUCGAGCCACGCUUAGGCCUCGCUACCGUAUUGAAUAGACUAGACGCCGCCGUGCUUUAUGUCCCCCCCCGCCUCCUUCUGUAAAUGCGUUUUAUUUUUCCUCAUCCGGCACGGGGUCGAAAUAACAGGCAUUUGGGGAGGGAGUGCCCCCUUUUUUUUCAUUCCCGGAGGCUGAAGGCAAGAAGCCCGUUGCCCUUGAGGAGAGGCGGAACGACGGGCUGCGGGGCCCGGGUUCCCGCCAGGCGUCUUUGGGAGGCCCACGGCCCUCCCUCCCCGGCCAGAGGGCGGAGGCGGCAAGGAGAGGUUUCCCGGGGAAAGAGCUGCGCCGUCCCGCCUGGUGCUUUGAAGAAUAGGAAUAGGAAACUUUAUUGGGCCAAGUGUGAUUACACACAAGGAAUUUGCCUCCGGUCAGAAGCUCUCAAGAUUUGCAGUUAAGAAUACUCCUGAUUACAUGAUCCAGCUGUACUAUUAGACAGUGUCUAGCUUCUGAUACAGAGCCUGUUGAUCUACAUAAUCCAGGGCUGCUAAUUUCAACUUGCUGAGAGCCUUUUUCCCACCUCCACAGCUCCGGAGAAAACGUCUGAUCUGCACAGAAUAGAUUGCAGCGCUUCCAGCAACCAAGGGCUUACGCUCAGUUGCCUUGUGGAUUCGCAGUUUCACACAUACUACAGCAAUUAUUGAGAUAAAUUAGGUCAGCUGUCACCCCUGUCCUUAGAGGAGGGUGUUCAGCCAUGGAAAUGGAAGAGGAGAUGGAGAAGAUCAACAUCGGGAUGGAAAGCCUACCGAACAGCGAGGCAACCGAAGAAGGAGGCCCGUCCCACAGCUGGCCCCACAAAUGUGCCUCAUACGUCCUGGCUCUCCGGCCCUGGAGCUUCAGCGCCUCCCUCACCCCGGUGGCUCUGGGGAGCGCCCUGGCUUACCGCUCCCAGGGUACCCUCGACCUGGGGCUCCUGGUGGGCAGCGCCGUCACUGUCUUGGCCGUCCACGGAGCCGGCAACCUCGUGAACACCUACUAUGACUUUUCCAAGGGCAUCGACCACAAGAAGAGCGACGACCGGACUCUGGUGGAUCAGAUCUUGGAACCUCAGGAUGUGGUCCGAUUUGGGGUCUUCCUGUACACUUUGGGUUGCAUCUCGGCCGCUUUCCUCUAUUGCUUCUCCACCCUCAAGUUGGAACACCUGGCCCUGAUUUACUUCGGAGGCCUCUCCAGCUCUUUCCUCUACACUGGAGGCAUCGGAUUUAAGUACGUCGCCCUCGGCGACCUGGUCAUCCUGAUCACCUUUGGGCCCCUGGCUGUGAUGUUCGCCUAUGCCCUCCAGGUGGGCUACCUGUCCAUCUCGCCCUUGCUGUACGCCGUGCCCCUGGCCCUCAGCACCGAGGCCAUCCUGCACAGCAACAACACCCGGGACAUGGAGUCCGACCGGCAGGCCGGCAUAGUCACCCUGGCCAUUCUCAUCGGCCCCACGCUCUCGUACGUCCUCUACAACAGCUUGCUGUUCCUGCCGUACCUCAUCUUCUGCGUCCUGGCCACGCGCUACACCGUCAGCAUGGCUCUGCCUCUCCUCACCCUCCCCAUGGCCUUUUCCCUGGAAAGGCAGUUCCGGAGCCAAAGUUUUCUUAAGAUCCCGCAAAGGACAGCCAAGCUCAACCUCCUGUUGGGACUUUUUUACGUCUUCGGCAUCCUUCUGGCUCCCCCCGGCUCCCUCCCCAAACUCUAGGGAGACGGGAGGGAACGGAAGGUUCCCUGAAAAUAAUUCUUCUCAAAAAAAGCUUCCCAAAAAAACACACAGGCAAGUGUAUAUACAUACAUGUGCAUACCAUACACACACACACACGAGUUUAUAAUCUUCACCAAACUGCACAAGGAUUGUUGUUGUUUUUUUCCUGAUCUGCGAACGUCAGAUUUCCGUCAGAUUUCCUGAAAUGUGUCCUUUUCACGAUAGGGAGAAACGGUCUUUAUAAAGUUCUGGGUUCUCUGAGUUUGGGUUUCAGCCUUUUGUCUGCAUUUCAUAAAUUAAAAGGUUUGCACUCCAGGGUAGAACUCCACAAGGCCACGUAAUAGAAAUCCCUUUUAAAAUAGAUUUUUUUUGGGGGGGAGGUGGGAAAAACCUACACCGACCAGAAUAAAAAAAAUCAAAGCUCUAAAGCAA